AUGUCGGAGGGCAAAAUCAAGCGGAGGAACUUCUCGAAAACAUUGCUCGAGGCAGCCGACGGGCCCCUGAUUGAGGAAGGGCAACCGCCAGCCGAGCUGUACGACAGUGCCCAAUCAUUGGCCAACGAUGCCUUGCUGAAGACAACGAUCGACGGGCAGGAGUGUCACCUCCCGUUCGAGGUCCUGGAAGAGAUCCCCGCCGUGGUGCCUCAUCUCGAUGAAAGCGGAAUCUCCCGGAUGCCGUUCCGGUGCCCCGUAGGUGGUUGCACCCACACGUGCAGUUUGCUCUUGUUUUCCAUGCACAUUUCCUACGACCAUACGAAUGUGCUGCUGGAGAACCUCUGGCCGAGCGAAACGAAUACCGUUCUCGUCGAUCCAAGCGUACCGGACGACUCCCCGGGCCUUCCCCAGUGUCACAAGCUAUAUCUGGUCAGCGGCAAGAUCCGAGGUUUCGGUGACGGGAAACACCGCGAUAAGCUGCCGUUCGCAUUGAUGUCCGCCAAGUUUAGUCUGCACGGUACGGAGCGUAUGGUACUGUGGAUCACCGGUCCGGAUGCCGGCGUUGAUCGACGCCAGCGUUACACCAUGGAAGCGGGUCGCAACGACCCGAAGCGGCUGCUCCCGUACGCCGUAGCCUUCAGUGGCGAAAUCGUGUCCUUGCAUAGCUCCCAGGAUGGUGAAGAAAUUCAUCGUUCCGGGGCCGGGCUCGUCAUACCGAGACAGCAGAUCGACUCCCUCGUCGACCGCCGGACGAAGCUGCUGGAAGUGUGCAUCCAUUUCCACUGA